GGAAAAUGGCCGCACGUCCCGAUGGCCGCAAGGCAGAAGACCUCCGUCCUGUCCACGUUGUCUACGAGGGGUUGGAUCGGUCGGACGGGUCAGCGCAAUUCUCUUUCGGCAAGUCCACGCCGACUCUAACGUCAGUGUCAGGACCCAUAGAACCUCGACCACAGUCUGAACAUCCGUCCUACACAUCUCUGGAAAUCUACGUGCGCCCCCUCCACUCCCUGCCGUCGACCCAAGCUCGCCAUGUCGCGUCCGUGCUCAAAACCAUCUUCUCCCAAACGAUCCUGCUUAACCAACACCCGAGGACUCUAGUUCAGAUGGUCGUCCAGGCGCUCUCGGUGAGCGAGGUCGUUGGCAAAUCCGGCGUCGGGGCGGGCACGGCGGGCGUCUUUGGGCCGGGGACGAUAGCCAGCAUGGUGAACAGCGCGAGCUUAGCAUUGAUCAACGCUGGCAGCAUCCCUCUGCGCGGUGUCGUAUGCGCCGUAUCCGUCGGCCGCUUGACCCGGCCGUCUCCAUCCAAUGCUGCGUCUACAUCUCCCCUGAUUCUGGAUCCCUCCCCGGAAGAAAUACCGCACCUCACUGCGCAAGGUGUCUUUGCCUUUCUGUUCUCUUCUGCUCUGCCUGCCUCGUCGAGGGCCCCGUCGUCUGGCUCGCCGCCGCCGAGCGAGUUGAUAUGGAGCAACUGGUCUAGCACCAACCUUGGGAUGACGAAGGUUGGGGACGGAGAACUCCAGGAGCUGGGUCGGGCACACGAGAUGGCCAGGGAGGGUGCGAUUCGGGUUUGGUGGGAGAUGAGGAGGAGCGUACCUGAGAUGGAGGCGGGAGCAGCGAGGUCGAAGCGGGCUGCAGCUGAGCCUGCAGGUCAAGCGGGCGGGGCUGGUUCCGGAGAAGAGUCAGAUAGUGACGAUGAUGAGGAAAGGAUGGAAAUUUAGGUCGGACUUGGAGUAAGCGGCAGGCAUUUUACUGUAUAUGACCUCAUUCAUGCUGCGAUCUGCCAAUCAAGGGCCGUUAGGUUUCUAUUGUAUAUCUGUUAUAGCGUGGCGCAUUACUGAAGAUAUUCCAUGGCAGACCCUCAUCUGAUGA